UCCAGAAUGGCCGUGGACCAGGCGUAGGCGAGUUUAAUUAAUUGACGGUCCAGAUCACGGCUUCUGAUGGACCCCGCAUGCCUCCGAGGCUCUCGGCCUUAAGAACCUCCUCUCCUCUGCUCCAGAAUCCCGCCUAGGCGUUUCCCAGGUGUCUGAUUGCCGAAUCGGACGGGCGACCGGGAAACCCUAACCCUAACCGUAACCCUAGAUUAGCUCCCGAUGAGAUGGGAGAUGGAGGAGAUCGAGGCAGUGCUGGAGAGGAUCUGGGACCUUCACGACAAGAUCAGCGACGCCAUCCACGCAAUCUCCCGGGCCCACUUCCUUAAAUCUAUCAAGGCCCUCAGCCAGUCCGCCUGGGAGAACAAGCACCCGCCGGCGGCGGUGAAGGUGGCCGGUGGGGAAGGUGAGGGGAGGAGAGGGUUCGUGUUCGUCAAGGAUUUCCGGGCCGAGGAGGAGGAAGCGGUGAUGGCGGAGGCGAGGAGCCUCAACGCAAUCCGGACCGCCCUCGAGAACCUUGAGGACCAGCUCGAGUUCUUCCAUACUGUACAAUCACAACAGCGAGCAGAACGAGAUGCUGCUAUAGCAAGGCUAGAGCAAAGUCGAAUCAUUCUUGCAAUGAGAUUGGCUGAUCAUAAGGGAAAGAAGUACCAAGUCAUCGACGAAGCUGUGGAGUUUGUUGGAGAUGUGCAUAAUACUGGCCAUUUUGUCUCACCGAAAAACCUCUGUGAGAUGCCAAGGAAUCAGUCAGGUGAUAAUUUGGAAAUUCAUGAGGGAAAAAGGUCAUGCGUCAUGAUGCAGAUGUUGAUUUCCAGUUUGGCUUUAGCUAAGAAGUCAUUCAAAUUGGAAAGUAUUGGCAGUGUGCUAGGGAACGCUGCUGUGUUUGCUGUAAGUAUGCUUGCUUUGCUACAGCUGCAUCAAGUGGCUUUCAGGAGUGAAACUCCACAGAUACAGGAUCAGACUUAUUACGGGAGGAGAAAUGAAAAGGACAUUUCUCAGUUGGAGAAUUCUUCUCGGACUAAUCGGAUGAAACAAUUUGAUGUAUUAUCAGCUAGGGGCUAGGUCAGAUAUUUUGUGUUUGGAUUGAUGCUUGUACAUGCUGUUUUGGAAUUGUUAGAGUGGAGACCUUUUGAUCAUAGUGCGUUCUAACUGUUGUGCCAGGAAAUCUAUGCUUACAUUAGUAGAUUUGUCAUCCCUUCAUCCUAACCAUUUUCCGGAUUGAUCAAUGACAAUCAUAUGAUUUAUUUUGUCUCCAUGUGAAGAAUGUGUCUGAUAGAGGGUGGGUCAAAUAUUCCUUGUCUGACUUACUGGAGUGUAAAGUUUUUCUGUCAACCUCAUUGAUGGUUGGGGUGUUGUAACAAAAUCAAGAUAUAUCACAUGCCUGUAUUGUUUUGCCAUUAGGCAUAGUUUUUCAUUACCUGUGCAAGCAUGGUUUUUGACUA